AUGUCUGCAGAUAUUUUCCACACCAUUUGUAGAUCAAUGGAGAUAAAGAUAAAAGUAGAAGAAAACAAUUGUUCUGUAAAUAAUGGUCUAGAAUUUGGAAUUAAAAUUAAUUCUUACCCAGGUCAUAUUAAUAUAACUUGUCACAAUCCAAAUGUUUCAACACCAGAACUCUGUCCCCGGGGUACAACCACCAGUACAAGUCAAGCUACAAGUGCAGUACCAACUACAAGUACAGUACCAACUACUAGUAAGGUAAUAACUACAAGUCCAGUAACAACUACAAAUACAGUACUAAGUACAAGUGAAGUAAUAACUACAAGUCCAUCAACAACUACAAGAACAGUACUAAGUACAAAUGAAGUACUAAGUACAAGUGAAGUAAUAACUACAAGUCCAUCAACAACAACAAGUCCAGUAACAACUACAAUUCCAAUCACUAUGACAAGUUCAUUGAUAACUUCAAUUCCAGUAACAACUACUACAAUGCCAAUGACCAGUACCGUACCAACUUCAAGUACAGUGACAAUCACAAGUACAACAACCUCUAAAAUCUCAGAUAUUGCUCCAACUGGAACAUCUGUAGAAAUAUCUUCAACUGAAAAAACAUUAAAAGGAACUACAGAUAAUCAGAAUGAAAUAACUACCAGCGUUGCAGUCGCAGAUGUUCUUGGUAAAAAGCUAAAAUAG